AUGUCUGAAGCUGCUGUAUCUUCAGUUGAAGUUACUCGACCAAAAUCUCCAACUAUUUCAUUUAUAAAUUCAAAUAAAGGAAAACCUUUACUCGUAGCAAAUAACUAUGUUUUCAAAUUGAAUAAAACAACAACUACUACUAAAUAUUGGAUAUAUUUAAAUAGUCAAUUGAUUAAAACGAUUGGUGAUCAUAAUCAUCUUCCAGAAAAAGAAAAACUUGAAGUUCGUGAAUUUCGUGAAAAAGUCAAACAACGAGCAAUAAAUGAAACAACACCAAUUCCACGUAUAUAUGAUGAAGAAUGUGCAAAAGCAAUGUUGUCAGAUGCUGCAAUAGCUGUAUUACCAAGUGAACGUGAAAUGAAUAGUGGAAUUAACAAAGCACGCCGGGCUAUUACACCUACAAUCCCAACGACACAAUUAUUUGAUAUUCCUGAUGCUUAUUCGAAAAUAUUGCAGAAAAAUGAUUUUUUGAUUGUUGACAAGAUGAUAACAAGACGACAACGAAUACUUUUGUUUUCAUCAAAUGAACAAAUGAAAAUGCUUUUCACUGCUGAAACAAUACUAAUGGAUGGAACUUUUUCUACUUGUCCGAACAUGUUCGAUCAAGUGUACACCAUUCAUGCAAUAAAAUACGAUCAAUCAUUUCCCUGUGUUUUUGGUUUAUUACGUAAUCGACAGAAAAGUACAUAUCAUUUCAUGUUCAAUGAAUUGAAAUCAAUCGCUUUACAAAUGCAAUUGAAUUUUGCACCAAAAACAAUCAUGAGCGAUUUUGAACCAGGACUACUGGCUGUAGUUUCAACUGAAUUUGCUACAGCAACACACUCAUCUUGCUAUUUCCACUUCACUCAAGCCAUAUAUCGAGCAAUACAACGCGUUGGUUUAUCAACAUCCUAUAAUGAUGAUGAUGAUGUUAAACAAUAUUGUCGAAAAUUGAUGGCUCUCCCAUUGCUACCAGAAGCUAUUAUUGAAGAUACUUAUGAUGAAUUAAUUGUAACAAUGCCAAAACAAUUGAAGGACACACUAAAUGAUUUAUUAGAAUAUUUUCAACAGCAAUAUCGUUUUAAUCGUCGAGUACAAGUUAAUCAUCCAAAUAUUUGGCCAUUCAUAAAAAUUUUGCAAGGAGAAGAAAAUCGUUUUCAUCCUAUGUAUGUUCAGUUUAGUGCAGGUUUAGGCAUUAGACCAAAACAAGCUAAAACAAUUGCUAUUCAACGUCGUAUAGAUAAUCUUGGCCAACGAUAUUAUGAUGGUGCUAUAAGUGCUAUGGAAUACUUAGACGGUUUAUCAUUUACAGUUGCUAAACAGAAAAAAUGA